GCCCAGGCUGCCUCUUCCGGCUGCCGUGGCGACGCGUGCUCCGCCGGCAAUGCCUGGUUGCAGCUGCACGGAAGCUUCAACAAGGCUACGACGUCGGAGAGCACGUUCGAGCCUGUCGAUGGGGGCAUGGACCGGGCAUGCCGUGGAAGCAGCGCUGGUGACAACCGGCCGAGCUACUACGAGGUGAUGCCUGCUGGAUCCGGUUCUCUGGAUGCCUGCAAGGACGAAUGCCUUGCGGACGCCAGUUGCAAAGGCAUCGAGUACAGUCCUGGCCGCUGUGAGGUCUGGACCCGUACCGAGGGCAUCCAGGCCUCAAUCCCACUGAAUGGCUUCAGCUGCUACAGCUACGGUGAGCCAGAAACGACCCUGCCACCACGUGUCGGGCAGUGGGAGGCUGUCGAUGGUGCCACGAAUCGUGCAUGCCGGGGUGCCAGUGCAGGCGACAAUUCCGCGGAUCACUACUCCAUCGUCCGAGGACUCUUCACACUCGGCGACUGCCAAGCCGAAUGCACCCGGCAGCCUCUCUGCCAAGGUGUCGAAUUCAGCCCAAACCGCUGCGAAAUCUGGACUCGAGCAGAAGGCAUCGAGGCUUCAGCUCCGGUCUCGGGCUACAGCUGCUACCGCUUCCUGGAUCCGAGUGAAUGGCGGCAAGGACCAGGCGUGCCGAGGAGCAAGUGCAUCGGACAACAGGCCUAUCUCAGUCUUGGUGAGAUUUUGCAGGCAGGAACGAAAGAGAAGGGGCACUGUGGCGCCCGCUCGAAAUCUCGAGCUGCCAUGAACUCCGCGUUGAAUCCCGUGUCAACGCUGUCGCUUCUCCACCAUGCUAUGGAAGCAGCUGCGAAAGUCGAGCAGGGCGUCAAGAUGCAAGACGCAUGUUUUCCGGCCCGGCAGAUGAUGGAGGAAAUGGAAAAGAACAAACUCAUUAGCCAUUCAACCUUUGCUCGAAUGAAGGCCUUGCUGGAAAAGUUUGCAAUUUACCCCGAUGUGCUCGGGGCCGUUGCCAGAGCCUCAAAUGACACAAUGAGGCAAUCGCACCUGCCAGCUGCUUUGGAUUUUGCGGAGGCGUUACCCAAACUUGGAGCUACAGCAGCUACACGAUUAUUUGUGAAAGAGCAGCUUCUGCAAGCAUACCAUGUGGAUUGGAAAAAGUAUGCUGCUCAAUGGAAAAGUCGCAGAGACAGGCUGACUGGCUUGCUUGAGCAACACAACAACACAGUUCGAGCUGCAGCACGCCUCACCCGGCCUGACGACGACUGCCUUGAUCCGCAAAAGCUACCACGUAUGACAGAGUUUCUUGCAGAGGUGAUGCGUGUUCAGUUGGCCGGCUAUUGCGGUGAGAGGAACCACUGCGACCCAUAUGUUCUGUCAAAGUACCUGAAGGCAUUGCGAUCGGUUGCUUCCCAGCAUUAUGCCUCCUUCUGGCAGUUGGUUCAGGAGCUGAAGGAGAUGAGUCCGCAGAACAAGCGGGUGGCUGUUGGCAUGCUAGCAGUGCACCUCUCAUUGCCUGCACUCCGCUUCCAUGACUCUGGUGAGUCUGGCCUUUUGUCUUGGUUUCCCCGUCCUGCAGAAUCCGUUGACAUCGCUGCCAAAUUGAAGAACAUGGCUCCUCAGAUCACCUACUUGCUAUCCCACAUGAGAAGUGGCUGGUGGGAUCCUGACUUGACGGCUCGCGAGAUCCUAUUUCAGGAAAAGAUCUUCAACAAGAGCUUCUUCCGGCAGCUGCAGGAUUGCGAGGAAUGCGCACAGGUUCUCGAGCUUUCUGUGGUCGAGGAGGAGAAGCAGAAAUGCCGCGCAGUUCGUGACCUGCGCAACUUAUUGACCGGAAGUGUCAACUCCAAUGAGUUGAAGAUGCCCAGGAUGCAGCCUUUCUUGGAUGAGCUAAAGAUUGGGCUGUUGGAUGCAAAUCUUCUCGCAGCCAUUUCGUCGAAAGAUGAGCACAUCAGCUGGGGCGAGACAGACUUCGUCAAGAAGGCGAUAGGUGAUAUUCUCAGCGCGACGAGGCACUAUGCCAUUUCCAACCAACCCGCUCUGCAUCGCUCUGCCCGAUGA